CACCAGCUCCCUCGUCUUCGCUCCCCGUUCGUUUCACCUCUUCCCUCACACGUUUCCUCCCACAGGCAUUGCGUAUGAUACAGCCCCGAGUCUGUAGCUGGCUGAACAUCAUACCAGUGCUGUAGGAGGGGAGCCAUCAUCUGAUGCCAGUGUCAUAGUUGGGUGGCAGCAUAUGAUUCCAGUGCCACAGCUGGGAGCGCUGCACCUGAAGUAAUACUCUGACUAGAAAUACUGGAUAUUAAGCCUGUAUUGAUAGCUAUGUCAUAUAUCUCUUUCUGUUCAGCCCUGCGAGUUUUCUCCUUGAAGGCUUAAUUAAAAUGAGGGAAGCAAACUAUAUAUAUGUUAAUGUCAUUGCUGAGUUUAUAAUGGUCACAUAUUAUUCAGCAAAAAGGGGGGAGGGGACAAUAUGUGCUUUAAAAUACGUUCAUGCUCGUGCUCCAUCUAUAAACCAAAAUAGGAAAGUAGACACUUUUCAGCAAGGAGCAAAAUGGCCACUUGUUUGGGAAGUCGAUUGAUUGCUUGCUUUCCACUUGGGCCCUAUAUUUUUGGUUUGUCUUUGACAAGAGCAUCUGUGAUGUGGAAUUUGAUUGUGAGCCGAUCUGAUCGCUUUUUCUUCUGUGUUUUGUGCGUGUCUGUGGUCAAGGGUUCCUAUAAGGCAGGGACAGUACACAUUUGAGCGGACUAUGUUGGCUGCACCCCAAAUUCCUACUAGUCUCAGAGCAGAGCUACUGCCUGAAGGACUGGACGCUGCAGACCAAUUUUAUCAUAUCUCAUAGACUCAUCGACAUAUAUUCGUGUCGAUUUGUUGUGUGUUUGGGGCUCAUGGAGGGAGGGAGUUAAAGAAUGAUCUGCUAGAGAGACCUCUCUAAAAUGUUGCUUUUGAGGGAAAACAUUUCACUUUCCCUGGCAUCUGCUCUCCAGUGACUAAUAGGAUCAUCCCCUUUCCCCCAAACAUAUCCGUUCUUCCCCCAUUUGCCUUGGAGAUCCCUUGACCUAGGUUUGCUGUCUCCUGAGCAGUUUCCUAGAAAAGAGGGGGGGAGACUAAGAUAGCCAACAUGGGUUACUAAAGCACACACAGGGAACUAGAGGGCAGGGCGCUGCUGCUGCUACUACAACCAGGAGAGCACAUCAACUGAAAAUGCACCCUACAAACCAAUCUUAAUGAGAGGGGAUGGGAAAUUGCUACCCUAGGAGGACCACAGUCUGCCCUCAGUUACAUCCCCGCCGUGCCAGUGACUGCAAUAUGCCAUUGCUCUCAUCGGAGUUGCACAGUUGAAGUGAGGGCAGAAUUUGGUCCCUAUUAAUCAAGGACGAAAUUCAACUAUUUUAAAUAGCUGUAAAUCCGGAGCAAUUCCAGUGAACGCUAUGGGGUUACUCAAUUACACCCAUGUAACUGUAUAAUUUAGUCAAAUGAAAGCCUCUGGGUUCAGACUAAUGAAAGGGACAGAACAACUCGAAUGUGAACGGUCUGCACUGUUUUCUAAAACACUGGCGGCUGCUGGUUUGUGACACAAAGUGCUUUUGAAAAACUUUAAAUAAUAUCGUAUCUUCCCCUCCCACCGAUUCCUUUGCUGAUCCGCUUUAUGGGGCGGGGGGUACGUGAAGAUUUUACUAGGGCGAAGUGGGUAGCUAACGGGCUUUCUCAUAGCAGCAACUGCAGGUGCAACAAGACUGUUGGAGCUGUGCACCGAGGUUCACUCCAGGCUCGGAUCGGCUGCUGCCCCAGCCAAGUUCGUUUGCAGAAAAAACCCGAGGUAGAUGAGGGAAGCGCUUUUUUCUCUCUCUCUUCUUGAAAGAAUUUAUUGCACAGAUCAACAUUGAACGGCUUGUUGAAAUUUAUCUUGAGACGCAAUGAAAAAUUUAGUGAUGUCGCCCUGGGAUUAAACCGAGUGGAGGUGAUGUCAUCCUGUCGGAAAAGAAAAACAAACACACACACCAAGUGAAUGAUGCUGCCAAGAAGAAAGAUCAACCCACACCGUCACUUGUGGCACUGGUAUAAAUAUGGCCCUACAAUUUCCAUGGCUGGCUGUAAGUCUCAGAUAGCUUGAACUUUGGAACAAGAGAGAAGUUCUGUGUCUUUUUAGCACGGAGGCACAAGGAAAUCUAGAAGUUCAUCUUUACCAGUGGCUUUUAUGUGCCAAGGUGAUAGGGAACGGGGAUAGACCAGCAUCUCUUUAGCUCUUUCCACUGAAAGCUGAAUGAGCGACAGGAUCAGCCCGGGAGAGUGAUUACCCAAGACUUCGUGAGAGGAAGCAGAGAAUCUCCGGAGCGCCAAACGUUAGUCCCGCCGCUAAAGGCUGGGAAAAUGCUAGCAACCGUGGCAGCGCUCUUCCUGUGGCUCAGGGUCAGCAUGGGGGUGCAUGGUGCUCCCUGCGAGGCUGUGCGCAUCCCCAUGUGCAAGACCAUGCCCUGGAACAUCACCAGGAUGCCCAAUCACCUGCACCACAGUACCCAGGAGAAUGCCAUCCUGGCCAUCGAGCAGUAUCAGGAGCUGGUGGACAUCAGCUGUAGCCAGGUGCUCCGCUUCUUCCUGUGCGCCAUGUAUGCCCCUAUCUGCACCCUGGAGUUCCUCCACGACCCCAUCAAGCCCUGCAAAUCGGUGUGCCAAAGAGCCCGGGAUGGAUGCGAGCCCAUCAUGAAGAGGUACAACCACAGCUGGCCCGAAAGCCUGGCUUGCGAUGACCUGCCUGUGUACGACCGAGGGGUCUGCAUAUCUCCUGAAGCCAUAGUCACCGAUGUCCCUGAAGAUGUGAAGUGGACGGAUUUUACUCAAGACGUAAUGGUCCAAGAAAAACCUCAAGAGACUAACUGCAAGAAUCUAAACCAAGCUCGAUGCAAGUGCCGGAAGAUAAAGCCUACCCUAACAACAUACCUGACCAAAAACUACAGCUACAUUAUUCAUGCUAAAGUAAAGGGUGUAGAGAGAGGUGGCUGCAAUGAAAUAACCACAGUGGUUGACGUGAAAGAGAUACUUAAAUCUUCAAUACCCAUUCCUCGGUCUCAAGUGCCUCUUCUUACUAAUUCAUCCUGCCAGUGUCCACAUCUUCUCCCAAAUCAAGAUGUUCUCAUUAUGUGUUAUGAAUGGCAUUCAAGGUUGAUGCUUCUUGAUGGAUGUUUAGUUGAAAAAUGGAAGGAUCAGCUAGAUAAAAGAUAUAAGAGGUGGGAACAGAGACUGCAAGAAAAGGUGCGAACAGCCCAUGAUAAAAAUCAAAACGGACGCACUGGUCGGAGUGGUGCACCAAAAUUGAACACUAAGAACACCAGCCCAGUGCUGGGGACCCCCAAAAAGACCACUAAAAUAAGAAAUGACCAGAAACAAGCAACCCCCAAAAAAGUAUGAGUUCUGAAUUUCCCUAAGGAAAGACUUUCUUGCAUGAUGAGGGUCACAAGCUGGCUUGAGUGGCAUGUGUAUUACUCCAGAAUUCAUCAACUGCGGUAUUCUGCAUAGACAUUUUUUGUAGCACUUUACUUUUAAAUGUUUGCUUUUUAUUUCAAACCACUGCAAACCAUAGAUUGUAGGUUUGCAAUGAUGUGUGGUAGGCAUAUGAAAGCUGAUUGAUGGUGCUUAUCAUAUUCAGAGCAGUCGAAUGCAUAGUUUACCAAUAAGCAUCGGGAUAUACAUUAUCCAAUUUUUUUUAUGAGUGUGCCAUAAAUAUGCUUACAUUAUUAGUGUUUGAAUUGUGUGUGUUUAUGUAGCAAAAACACAUCAAAAGGAAACAUUUAAUUUUUUAUUGUACUUCAGGCUGGCUUCUGUUGUUAUAACUUUAAAUACAAUAUUUAAACAUUUAGAUGAAAAAAAUCAAUGUUUUUAAAAGGAACAAAUUAAAGUGAAACAAAACUAUAGAGUGCAUAACAGUAACAUUUACAGGUUUGCCAUUUGCUGAAAUAUGGCUUUGUUAUGAAAAGUGCUUUAAAACAACUGGAGGGAAAACAUUAUUCUGUUACUGUAAACAUGCCCUUCAGUUACUCUGUAGUGCAGAUGUUACACUAGUCCCUCUCUUGAAUAUUUUAUCUCAGGAGUAAAGUGGGAUAUUAGCCAUUUUACCACUGGAGACCUGAUUUUAAAUUUUGCUUAGAUCACACAAGGAAAUGAGAUUGCUACUCCCUGUUCAUAAACUCCUCAACUUCCACACAGUUUGGCACAACUGGAAGGCACUUGUUGUAUUGAACAAGGAGCAGGACAACGCUGAUGCAGCUACUCAUGUGUUUAAGGAUAAGCAUGUGCUUAAAUGCUUUGCUGGGUCAGGGCUUAAAAUUGCAAAGGUGAGAACUUAAAUAUGAGGUACAUUGGCACAACUCUGGGGUGCAGUUUACACUGCUCCUGACUGCACUCUACCUGGCUCAAGCCAUUGCUACAAGGGCGCUCUGCUUUUUGCUAACACCUAUUUAAUGCCGUUGCAUAAUGAACAUUUGGCUGUUAAAGUUUCAGUGCCCCUGAGCUUUAAUUAAGGUGUUAGAGCUCACAACAAAUGUCUCAGACAACCCCCAAGAAUCUUCCAGCAAAACCAAAAAAUACUAGACUUAACACCCCUGAUAUUUUCUAUUUUUUAAAGGGGCAAAAUACCAUUCUUAAAAACAAGCAAGCAGACAAGCUUUCCUGCCUUCUUUACUCAUCUUAAAUAAGGAGGAGGGGAAAAAAAGACACAAACCCAAGUUUAAAAAAAUCCUUUGCAUGUCUCCCAAUUUAUCGUGUCAACAUAUUAGUAUGCUGAUCUACGUUAUUGUAGGAAUCCUAAUGAAGGUUGCAUGCAUUUUAUCUGAGGGCAUAAUUUGUCACCUUGACUUGGUAACAAAAUGUUCUAGUACAAGCAACAAAAGAUGCACAAAUAAAUCCAAAUAGCACCCCGCAAAAAUAUUACUUUCCUUAGCCAUGCUUGUACUGUGCAGCACAAUCACCUCGCUCGCUGGCGUGCAAGCUAAUGAACUUUUCAUGUGUGCAAUUUCUAGCUGCGAGACCCGAGUGGCAAUAGAUGUGUGCUUUGUGUACUUACACAACUAGAAGAACAAAGUGACAAAAAGAUCCAGCCAAAAUGUCCAAAUGUGGGCAUCCUAAGCUAGGCACCUCCAGCCAUUGUCUUGGUGCAGAUGCAGGAAUUCAGCCUUGCAGAACUGGGUCCUAGAUCUAUGUUUAGGCACCCAAGUGGCCUAAUUUUUAGAAGUGCUGAGCACCCAUAGUUCCCAUUGAUUACAGCGGAAUUGGGGAUGAUCAGCUUCUCUGAAACUCAGGCCACAUAGUUAGGUGCCUAAAUAAAAAAUAUGGAUGAAAUCCUCUUUCCAUUGAAGUCAAUAGUAAAACUCCCAUUGGCUUCAGUGGUGCAAGGAUUUCACUUGAGGUGCCUAAAUUAGACACCUAAGUUUGAAAAUAUUGACCUAAACAAGCAUAAGCAAAAAAUUCAAUAUUUUUAAAAAGCUUCUAUAAAAUAGUAUGCAUUGUGGAAGUUCUAAUGCUUUGUUUUCAUAUCAAUCUCAAAUUAACCCCUAAAAGAAAGCUGUAAGUGCAAUUAUUAAAAAAGGAUCAACAUUCUUAACAUUGCAUUGUUAAACCAGCAAAUACUGUAGCUGUGAUACUUCACUUUAAUAAGCUUUGUUGUGAGCAUACAAUAUUGUGAUCAUAAGUGUUUGUUGACUAAAACACUGCUAUUUAGAAAUUAUAGCAGAAUUACAUAUUAUUUUACAUCUGUUAAAAUCAAACUUUUAUCCAUAGCUUUUUUGAUAUUAAAGAAAAAGUAUAAAAAUUAUUUGCUACAUAGAAUUUUCACCAUUCCUUCAUAUUAUAA